GAGGAGGCGUCUCCUUAUUCCUUACUUGAUAUCUGCUUGAGUUUCCUGACCACUCACCUUGAGAAAUUCUGUUCAGCAAGGCAAGAUGGAACAUUGUGUCUGCAGGAACCGGGGGUAUUUCCACAAGAGGUGGCUGAUCGACUGCUUCAGACCAUGGCAGUUCAUGGUCUGCUGAAUGAUGGAACUGUGGGUAUUUUUAGAGGCAAUCAGAUGCGCUUAAAGCGAGCUUGCAUUCGCAAAGCAAAGAUCUCUGCGGUUGCUUUCCGGAAAGCCUUCUGCCACCACAAGUUAGUGGAGCUCGAUGCCACAGGUGUGAAUGCUGACAUCACCAUCACAGACAUUAUCAGUGGGCUCGGCAGCAACAAGUGGAUCCAGCAGAACCUCCAGUGCUUGGUGCUGAACUCGUUGACUCUCUCUCUGGAAGAUCCUUAUGAGCGGUGCUUCAGCCGGCUUUCCGGCCUUCGAGCUCUCAGCAUCACCAAUGUUCUCUUCUACAAUGAAGACCUGGCUGAAGUUGCCUCGCUGCCAAGAUUGGAGAGUCUGGAUAUCUCGAACACCUCGAUCACAGACAUCACUGCUCUGCUGGCCUGCAGAGACCGGCUCAAGUCGCUAACCAUGCACCACUUGAAGUGUUUAAAAAUGACAACUACCCAGAUCCUGGAUGUUGUUCGGGAACUCAGACAUCUGAACCAUCUUGAUAUCUCAGAUGAUAAACAGUUUACAUCAGACAUAGCUCUUCGCUUGUUAGAACAAAAGGACAUCCUACCCAACCUUGUGUCCCUGGAUGUUUCUGGGAGAAAGCAUGUGACAGAUAAAGCUGUUGAAGCCUUUAUACAACAGCGGCCCAGCAUGCAGUUUGUAGGUUUGCUGGCCACUGAUGCUGGUUACUCUGAAUUCCUCACAGGCGAAGGACACUUGAAGGUCUCUGGAGAAGCCAAUGAGACUCAGAUUGCAGAAGCGCUGAAGCGGUACAGUGAACGGGCGUUUUUUGUCCGAGAAGCUCUCUUUCACCUUUUUAGCCUGACUCAUGUGAUGGAGAAAACAAAGCCAGAAAUUUUAAAGCUUGUGGUUACUGGGAUGAGAAAUCACCCUAUGAAUUUACCAGUGCAACUAGCUGCAAGCGCCUGUGUAUUUAACCUAACCAAGCAGGAUCUUGCUGCAGGAAUGCCUGUCCGACUGCUGGCUGAUGUGACCCAUCUGCUACUCAAAGCCAUGGAACAUUUUCCCAAUCACCAGCAGUUACAGAAGAAUUGCCUCCUUUCACUUUGCAGUGACCGGAUCCUUCAAGAUGUUCCAUUCAACAGGUUUGAAGCAGCCAAACUUGUCAUGCAGUGGCUCUGCAACCAUGAGGAUCAAAACAUGCAAAGGAUGGCGGUUGCUAUCAUUUCCAUCCUGGCUGCCAAGCUGUCUACAGAACAAACUGCACAGCUUGGAGCUGAGCUCUUCAUCGUCAGGCAACUUCUUCAGAUAGUGAAGCAGAAAACCAAUCAAAACUCAGUGGAUACGACGCUGAAGUUCACGUUGAGCGCACUUUGGAACCUCACGGACGAAUCCCCAACCACAUGCAGACACUUCAUUGAAAACCAAGGGUUAGAGCUCUUCAUGCGGGUUCUAGAGUCCUUCCCCACUGAGUCAUCCAUUCAACAGAAAGUUCUAGGACUUUUGAACAAUAUAGCCGAAGUUCAAGAAUUACAUUCUGAGUUAAUGUGGAAGGAUUUCAUAGACCACAUCAGUAGUCUGCUACACAGUGUUGAAGUGGAAGUGAGUUACUUUGCGGCUGGCAUUAUUGCCCAUUUAAUAUCCAGAGGUGAACAAGCUUGGACGUUGAGCCGUAGCCAGAGGAACUCUCUUCUCGAUGAUUUGCAUUCAGCUAUUUUGAAAUGGCCAACUCCCGAGUGUGAGAUGGUAGCAUACAGGUCCUUUAAUCCGUUUUUCCCGUUACUUGGCUGUUUCACGACACCAGGAGUCCAGCUGUGGGCAGUUUGGGCCAUGCAACAUGUCUGCAGCAAGAAUCCUUCAAGGUACUGCAGUAUGCUGAUUGAAGAAGGAGGACUGCAACAUUUAUACAACAUCAAAGAACAUGAACAGACCGAUCCCCAUGUCCAACAGAUUGCGGUAGCCAUUCUGGACAGCUUAGAAAAACAUAUUGUGCGCCAUGGGAGGCCACCUCCCUGUAAGAAGCAGCCCCAGGCUAGACUAAAUUGAUAGUCAUAGGUGAUUGGAUAAUUGAGUCACCAGGAUCCUUUUUGUGAUUGGUCCACUUGGACUAUCUUAAGAUCAGUUUGGGAUUAAUAAUGUACAGUACUGCCCAUGUGAACAGUCUAAUUUGUCUUGUGAUUUUUAACUUAUGAGGCAAGAAAGGUCUCUUUAUCAUUCCCUUUUAGGAAAUUUUCCACAUCUUUCAGUGUUUGAAUUUACUUGUGCUUGAGAUUCUACAGUUUUCUGAUAAAGUUUGCACGAACCCUUAGGCCAGAUUUUUCUGAUCUCAAAGCCCCUUCCAAUCAAUUUGUGGCCUCUGAUGAGUUGUUACCCUGUUUCUGGCACUGUUUCAGUUGUGAAGUUUCUACUGCUUCUGUACAAAAUGCCUUUAUCCUCCGUGUAUCUCUUAGAAGACACCCUUCCUAGUGUGAAAGAAGGGAAACCGCAUUGUCUCCCCGUGGAAGCCCAUUACCCUGUGGAACCUGGGUGGCUGACGGAAAGAUAUAUUAGGAGGAGAAACAAUUGAGGAAGGAUGGAGUUCAGGAAUUCAGACUUGCUUUCAUGGUAUAGUUUCUAAAGUGGGACGGGUUGCCCUUCUGGAGCCUACCUUUUGGAGGCAGUGAGCAGAACCUUGUUCUCCAUAUUUAUGGCUGGAAACGUGGCCUGGUACUUUCUGUAUAGACUGUGGGUUGUUCUCUAGAAAUAUUUCCCAGCAUCACACCAUUACUAUUACAGCAGACUGUGCUAAAGGCUGUUUGAGUCUCUGUCACAGUAUUCUGAAAAUGUAAAUUUAAAAAAAUUGUCUCUAGUUAAAAGUAGCCAAUGUUUUCCUGCUAUUUUAAGGCCAUUUUUGUUCAGUGGGAUAGAGACUACUUAUGGUAUUAAUCUGCUCAGUUAAAACACAAUUGACAACAGUAAAGUUUGCACAAAAAGUCAGAUUUGGGUUGGAGGUGUAGCUCAGAGUUCGAGUACGUGCUUAGCAUGUACAGCCCUGAGUUCAAUACCCAGCACACAAAAGAAGAAAAAGUUAAAUUUUUUCCAAAUAUGUUUAUCUUCUUAACUUAUUCAUGUUGUAAAAAGAUGUCCACAUCUGACUGCCAAACAUGCAAGAGAAAAUAAGACCAUUGUUGGAUGAUUAAAUGUAAUGAUUCUAGUUACAGUGGAUAAAAGGAAAUAUUUUUGAUGGAUUAUUUUUUACACAAUUGCCUUUCCUUUAAGAUACUUGAUACAGUAUAGUAAAAAAAUAAAAUAUCAUUAAUCAAUAAUUGCUCUUGAAAGGCAGCAAAUCUCCAAGAAAUUUAAUUUCCAUUUAAGAUUUUUUUUAUUUAAUAAGGUUAAAUCUACAAUCUCAGAUGAUUGCAUUUUUUUUAUAGCCAAAGUAGUUUCAGUAGAGAUUUUAAAUGGCAUGUAAAAAUGAUAACGGUUCUUCAGAAGCAUGGUAGAAUUGGCUAUCAGAAGUUCCUUCAGAAAAGAGCUGGAGUAUUAGUGCAUUUUUGACACUUGUUCCAUACUACUGUUACAGUAAAUGGACUUGAAUUUUUUGGUGUUCCUUUAUGGAGACGAAAACUGAAUUAAACUAGAAGAAAACAGAUUUGUGAAACCAUUACAAGCUGUAUUAAAUUAUGGGUUAAUUCUGACUCAGUUGGCUAAAGAAAUUUUUAUAAGGUGCAUUUUCAUGUAGUAAGUUUAUUUCAGAGGAAGUACAAAAUUCUUUUAAAAGUUUUAAAAAAAUUUUGGCCAUUUUUCUCAAUUUCAAUAUCUUACGGCAAAAUUCGGUAAAUAGGAUGGUCCACAAUGGCUUGAAAGUUGCUAGUGAGGUUGGCCAUUUUCAAGUUUUUCUAGUACAGUUAAGGGAAAGUCUAUUUGAGAAGUUUGGCUUCAAGUUUUUAUUUUAUUUAUACCAUUCAAGACAAAAAUGUAUGUUCUCUAUACACUGCUGCUAGAUUCUUGCCUUUAAAAGUUUUUUUUGGUUUUGUUUUUUGUUUUUUGAGACAGGGUCUCAUUAUGUAGCCCAGGCUGGCCUCAAA